GGUGAUAUGUUAAGUUUUUUUAAUCUUUCAUCGUGUUGUCUUGAUAGUGUAUCGGGAAAUGUAUUUUCAAAGGCUCUUUACAAAAAUAUCGGAAAUAAUAAGAAUGAUUAUAAGGGUCGCGGUAGUAAUGUAAAUGAUCUUGGAUGUGAUGUAAGGGUGCGAAAUGCUAGAGUGAAAGAAGAUUUCCAGAUCAACGAGAAUUGA